UGAGAUAGGUUGUGUCAGCAUCCCGUUGCGUCUGUCUCUCUCUCUCUCUUGUCUACCCCACCCGGUUUUAUUUGCCAGUCGCUGGGAGAGACUCUGGCAUCCUCGGCGACUUAGUAUACAUAUAUAUAUGUCGCGUCUUUCGUUGGUAUCUCUCUCUCUCUCUCUCUCUCUCUCUCACUCUCGUCUGAUCAGAGAUGAAAGUGUGCUCCACAAUCUUUUAAAUCCUAUAUAUAUCUGUUCAAAGCAUGUUGGAUGUUUUCAAAGUUGAUUGAAGCAGGCUUGGAUUUAAAAAAAAAAAAAAAGGGAGAGUAUUGGUGUCUGUGAGAGGAGACUUUUUGUAGAGAGAAUUUACACUAUUGUUUACAGCUCAUUUAGUAAAAACAUUGCUCUAAUUUAAGCAAAUUUCGGCUCUUCUUAAGUUAAUAUUUUGACUAAAUAGUUAAUUAAAAACUGAUGAUUUUUGUGUGGCAUAUGAAUCAUAAGAAUCAGAAUGAGUUUCGUGAUAACGAUUGUCAAUAAAAUCCAGUGGAACGUUGCAUGAAAAUACGUGGAUAUGAAAAGAAAAACAAUUAGGAGAACCAUCUGAAGAGUGAAGGAAACAAAAUAAUUGUCUUCUCUGUAGCUCAGGAAAAGUGUUUCAGUGUUUUCGAAGACUCGUCAAAUACAAUAUCGAGGAAAAUCAAUUGGAGAGUUUGCUGGAAGAAAGAAGAAAAAAAAUAUAAAAGAAAGUUUUUGAGGGAGUGAAAAAAAAAACUACAUAAACGUCCAUCAGAAGAACAAGACAAUACCGAAAUGAAAAGCUGAACGUGACCAAUUCCUUCAGGACCUACAAGCCCGAUUUUUGUGAAAAAACCAGCGAACAUGCAACUUGAAUGACAAGGGCGCCAGUGGCUGAAAAGUGAGCAGCAACAUCUCCCAUGAAAAUUUAAUCUCCAAACUUUUCGAAGUCGGAGCGAAACUCUUUACUACUCCUGCCUCCUGCUGCUGCUGCUGCUGCUGCAGCUGAAGUUUCUGCAGCUUAAGAGCUGCUGCUGUUGUUGACUUUUUACUGCUGCAUCCAGCUGCUGCUACAUCAUCCAUCCUCCUCAGGACAGCGAUGCUUCUGCUCUUGCUGCCACUACUCCCGGCGCUAUUGCUUCCCUUGCUGCCAACAAUGACGGGACCGAAGGUGUUCAUAACGCUUUCCAUCGCCUUGCUAAGUGGUCCGGCAUAUUGCCACGGGGAAUUGCAACUCGUGGACAACGGCUAUGAAGGCCUGCUCGUGUCCAUCAGCGAUCACGUACCUGUGGAACAUUGCAAUCACGUCGUCAAUGGACUCAAGAGUGUCCUCCGAGAGUUCUCCAGCCUCUUAUGGUCGCUAACCGAUGCCCGAGCUUCAGUGAGAGACGUGACGGUAAUUCUACCCAGCUCAUGGAAGACAGACGAGUCUACCUGCUCGCUAGUGAGCCCAAUGAUUACCUCGACGCCGCCUGGGGACGCCCACAUCCAGGUGACUUCGUCUCACCCAGUUUUCGGGAACCGCCCUUGGGUUCACCAGACUCAGGGCUGUGGCCGGCAGGGAGACUACAUCCAAAUAGGCGACAGCCUCAUCCGGAGCAUAGUGAACGACACCUACAGCUACACAGCCAGGCUCCUGGUGGGCGAAUGGGUGAAGUUCCGCUGGGGGACAUUUGAGGAACAGGGUUUUCCUGAGGAUCCGUUGUAUCCCAAAAGCUAUCUAGAUCCCGUCACUCGCUUGACUAAGUCAAACACGUGCACCAACUAUCAAAAUCCCGUGAUGCCCAUUUGCCCUAGUGACCUCCACAAUCCAGAAGCACCCACCAAGCACAACUCGCAAUGUGGGGGAAGGUCUGCCUGGGAUAUAAUACUGCAAUCUCAAGACUUUGCAAAUGGCAGGAAUAGUCCAUCGACUUCUGUGUCUUCAUAUGUACCAACAAUGAACUAUGUGCAAGAAACAGCCCCUCGUAUGGUGCUCCUCGUGGAAGACACGGCAGUUAUGAAUUUGCAGCAGCGUUGGGAAUUCAUGCGAAAGGCCAUACGCCGAGUGAUGGUCUACGACGUUCCGGACGGCGUUCAAGUGGCAAUCGUCAUUUUCAAUUCGGAGGCCAAAACAACCGCUCCUUUAAUGAAAAUGGAGUCACUAUCAGAUGUCCGUCAGAGAGUCGGUUCCUCGCUGCCUCGCAAUCCCUCAACAGUCCCAGAAAGUCAGAAGAAUAUUUUGUUUGGUCUCAGAGAAGCGAUCAAGGUGCUCACCACAGACUCAGGUGACCCUGCUGGUGCUAAGGUCAUUAUGGUAACCACUGGGAAUUCCAUGGCACCACAGCAGGACGUCAAUGAAAUGUUACGUUUGGCGACUGUGAACAAUAUCAGAGUGGAUACGAUCAUAUAUCCGCAGACAGAGCACCGCGUUCUCAUCAGUGCAUCUCACGGGCUCGAAUCUUUGGUUGCAGCUACCAAAGGAUCCUCGUUUACUGUCAUGGAUGAAGGCGUAGGGAAGGACUCCAAGCUGAACAUGAUGGUAUCAUUGAUGGAUGCUCUUUUUAGUUCCAUGUGUAGCAGUUCAGCCGUUUCAUCUGGAGUCCCCGUUUUGAUUCACAGCAAGUCCUAUCCAGGAGGUCUGCAAACCAUGUCUGACGGGUCAUUCACACUGGAUGAUUCUUUUGGUCCCUUGGCCAGGUUCUUGGUUUUUUACUAUGACCUGAAUCACGUCGGGAAUUCUCUUCAGUUAAUCUCGCCCUCAGGAGAAGUCAUAGACGCAAUUAACAUGCAGGAAGAUGGCGAUGCCAACGUUGUCUUUGUUACGAUACCGGAAGCAGAACGUGGACUGUGGCAGUACAAACUGGAGAACCGGGCCGACUCACACCAGAGCCUUCACGUCCAAGUCACGGGCACAGAAAGCAAUGUGAGGAAAGUGCGACUGAAAGUGUGGACGAAUGGUCCUCAUGCUAUAGUGAAUAUGACUGACCCUUCGAUCCCGGUGAUUGUCUAUGCAGAGGUCAAAGAUGGCAAUAUUCCUAUCUUGAAUGCCAAAGUGACUGCCAGACUGAAAAGGCUUGGUAAUGAUGUUUCAGGCAGCAGCUACAAUUCCAUUCCUUUUGACCUUUAUGACAGUGGAUUUGGAGACCCUGACAUAACUGCAGAUGAUGGAGUGUAUUCCCGUUAUAUACCUACAAUGUAUGGAGGAGCAGGAUAUUACCAGCUAACGGUUACCGCAGAUGACAACAACGGCUAUGCCCAAUCCCCAGUCAACAAUGCCUUUAUGCAUCACAGAAGAGCUGACCAAGAAGUCAAAUGUUGCGGUAGCAGAAUACGCUAUGAACAUACAAAACGCGUGGCCCCAUUUCAGCGAUCAGUUGUGUAUGGAGUGCUCGACGUCUUAUCGAUCAAUCCUGGAAAUGACAUCGUUCCACCUAAUCGCAUCCUUGAUCUACAAGCACAAGUGAAUGCAACAUCACAAGAGGUCACUCUUCAGUGGACCUCACCUGGCGAUGAUUACGACUGGGGUCAGGCUCAACGCUACGAGGUCGUGUUGGCUGAAUCUUGGCCUGAGGCCAAGGCCUUUGAAGGGCAUUUCAUCGGGAGCAUGCCCAAUCCAGCUCAGGUGGGGAUAAAACAAAAAGUCACCACUGAAAUAGAUGUUUACGAAAGCACCUUGUACAUAGCGAUAAGAGCUGUUGAUGAAGCUGGUAAUCGAGGGGGUGUGAGCAAUAUACCAAAUAUAUGGGUUCCACGCCCAGUAACUACUCCACCUAUUGUUGUUACACCAGAAAUUCUUGAGCCAAUACAAAAACAAGCAGUGCCAUUUGAGCAAGAGAUCGUGGAAACUGUCAGUGAAGAGGGACUUACAAUGCAAGAUUUCAUUGUUAUACUCAGUUCAACAGGAGGAUUUUUGGUGUUCAUGAUUAUUGUGGCCACUUUCUGUUACUGCUUUGUUGCUCGGCACAAGUUCCAUCAUGACAAGGACAGCACAGAGUCAAAUCCCAAUAUCCUCAUCAAGACAAACUCAACACUGGAAAUAGAUCAGGAUGAAGGCAGCAACUCUCCAGACAGCACACUAAAGGAUGAUGUGAUUGCUUCAAAAGGAACUCAACAAAAUUCACCCAUCCAGGAACAAAAGCUCUCAAUCACAGGGGAACUUCUUAUGGAGGGAGCAACGCAUUCAAAGAGCAUCCAGAGCCCCUUCCCUGAUGUCACUCUUACCUCGACCAACUUUUGUUCUUCAAGUGAACCUCCUUCAACCACCAGCUCACACAAUACUCCUUACCAAACAGCUUAUACAAUAGGGACAUGCAGUAGCUACCCAUACCCACUGCAAGUCGCAUACCCAAAUGAAGAUAUGGCUGCAUACAUUCCUGCUAGUUUGCCUUCACACUCGUCGCAAGCAUCAAUGCCUUACACACAAGAGGACCUCUCCAAACCCUACGGAUUCGCUUAUGUCAGUGACCCAACUGUGUACCAAGUAGAUCCAUCAUAUGCAAAGGGACAAAUUCCGGAUUACCCAUUACCACCACCAGUUUACGAGUCAUACCCGUGUAUGCCACCCGUCACAUCUUACAGUAACCAACCACCAGGGCUUGUUAAAGUACCUCCUCCCGUGGCACCUAAACCUACACCUACCACGCGCGCGUCGACGGUGGUACCCUCUGAAGUAUUUGCAGAUGCGAAAGGCUGCCACGCUACCCAUGUGUGAAACUGCCACGCCAUACUUCAUGUUACCUGAAUGUGAUCAUUGUAUAUAUCAUUGUUGUCAUAACUGGCUUCAUUUAUUUUGUAAGAGUUAAGAAAGUGAAUUUUAUAUGUGAGUUUCUAGAACUGAAUGUCCUCAUUAGUGGAAGCUGACAAAAUGUUUUGUCACGAAUUUUGCUCAUGAAUAUUUUACAAAACUGAGGUUUUGGAGGGUGGUGUAAAAAUAGGUGUACAGACUCUGCAUAAGUUAGUAAAAUAGCAGAUAUUCAUCUGCCUGGUUGUGAAUCAGACAGGGUAAACUAGACUAUCAGACUGGUGGAAAAUCAACGAUUAAACCGUGAGUGAACAUAUCACACUCAGUGCGAGCUACGGGGAAAUGAGUUUAUGUGUGUGAACGAAGGAAAUGAGUUUAUGUGUGUGAACGAAGGAAUUUCACGUGGCACGCGUUAAAGGAAUGGUAAUCGAAGCCUUUUACAUACAGCGUUCACAAUGCUGAACCGACUGCGUGGGAAUGUGAAAGGACGAUACUCAAUACCUUUUAACCAAUAGAUCGCAACAAGCAGCUUAGGCUGAUUAGCAGCAUAUUGCAACUUGCAGCUUUAGCUGCUCACUUUGCAUUUUGUUAUUUCUUUUUUAGGUCCAGGGGUUGGGACCGUCAAUGGCUAUUGAGCUCUCCAUGGGUAAAUACUAUCUAUUUUUGGAAUGACUGCAUCAACAUUGCUUCUUAACAAUCUGGAUUUUUGUUGUUUUAGUUGUGAUGGAAAACAUCACAAAAGAAAGCUGUUAAUGAACCUCCAAAUACAUAAUAAA